AUGUCUGUUCUAUCACCUAAAAAAGGACAGUUGCAGAUCUGGGACACAGCUGGCCAGGAGAGAUUCCGAACUAUCACACAGAGUUAUUACCGCAGCGCCAAUGGAGCAAUCCUAGCCUAUGAUAUCAGCAAGAGAGGCUCUUUCCUGUCCAUUCCUCGCUGGAUCGAGGAUGUGAGAAAGUAUGCGGGUUCCAACAUAGUACAGUUACUGAUUGGAAACAAGUCUGACCUAAGUGACCUUCGAGAGGUUCAGCUGGAAGAAGCUCAGAAUCUGGCUGAACACUACGAUAAUAUCAUCUGUGCCAUAGAGACCUCUGCGAAAGACUCCAGCAAUGUGGAGGAGGCUUUUGUGAAGAUGGCUACAGAGCUCAUGAUGAGGCAUGGAGGCCCUAUGUUCAGUGAGAAGAAUACUGACAGCAUCAAGCUUGACAGCAAAGACGUUGUAGAAGGCUGGGGGUGUGGUUGCUGAUAUGAGCUAGGUGAUAUCCCUAACUUUACUGGAAUUUAGAUGGUGCUUCACCCCAAUGCUGAGUAGCACGGUAGCCAUAUUCUUCUCCUCCUGUGAAACCAGCGAUUUUGUAGAAGUUAGACACAAUCCUGUUUGCUUUGGUGUCUUAUUUUUAAAAAGGGACUCAAGAGAGGUAGUCCUAAAAGUCAAGCCCUCUGAAAAACUUACUCAAAAUUUGUCCCCACCAUUUUCUUUUGUGUAACCUUCAUACAAGUUACAAAAGUGGAGGAAACAACUUUGAACUGGUGGUGUGGGGUGGGGAGACAGAUGGAUGGGGAAAAGACUGAUGCACACCCAAAGUUCUGAAGCAUUUAGCAGACUGUUGGCAAAGGAGGUAAUUUUUGGAAUAGGCAAUCUUGACAGUGUCUCUUUAAAUCAUCAGCACUCCACCAAUGACCAGAAAGUGACAGUGUCUUUGAUAAAGGUAUUUCAAGUGUCAGAAUACCCAGCAUUUUGAUUACAGGACCAAAUAGCAGUCACCUGUCCUAAGGCAUAUGGAUUGCUUGUUAGUAUUGGAAGAGGCCCAGGUGAGGAAGCCUUCUCUCAGGUUUUGUUAUAAUUUUUUUAAGUUGUUAUUUUAACAAAACGCAACAUCAGCCUGAGCAGUAUCACAUGACUUGCUGUCAAGCACAAUUGGACCAGUGUAGUUAUUUUAAAUACAGCCUUGAGGAGGGGGUAGAUGCAUUUCACUUGUUAUUGUUUGCACAGUGAUAGCUCCCUUUUCCAAGUGGGUAUCAUUGAGUUUUUGCCCUCAGGUCUCUUUAUUUCAUUCUGUAACUCAAGACCUGCACCACUGGAAACAGGAACUGGAGAAACCUUGAACUGACUGGUAGCCAUGAUCUCCUGCCAUGUGCCUAAUGGUCAUAUACAGGGUUAAUUCUCGUCAUACAUUUGACAUGUUACCAGAGUGUUUAUUGCUUAAGUGGCAUAAGUGGAUUUGGGUUUUUUGUGGGGGUUUUUUUUUAACCAUCUCUUGAAAUACAGUCUGGGCAUAUAAUGGGCAAGAAGACCUCAGCUGAAAACUGCAUGCAUUGCACUUCUUGGUUGUAAGAAACCAGCGUCUUUUCAAGUGAUUCCCUCCCAACUUUGUACUCAACUGCUUCCCUCUCCCUAUCAGAAGUUCCCCAUUGCUUUUAAUUCCUU